AUGGAUGAAGAAAAUAUUACUGAAGUGACAGAGUUCAUUCUUUUAGGAUUCACUGGAGACAUGGUGCUACAGCAGAUACUUUUUUGCAUCUUCCUUCUCAUUUAUGUUGUUAGUCUUCUAGGGAAUAUCACCCUGAUUUCUCUCAUCUGUACUGACUCCCAGCUCCACACACCCAUGUACUUCUUCAUUGGAAACCUGUCAUUCCUGGAUCUCUGGUAUUCUUCUGUCUAUGCCCCCAAAAUCCUCAUAACAUGCAUCUCUGAGGACAAGAGCAUCUCCUUUGCUGGAUGCUUGGCUCAGUUCUUCUUCUCUGCUGGGCUGGCCUACAGCGAGUGUUAUCUACUGGCUGCUAUGGCUUAUGACCGCUACGUGGCCAUCGCCAACCCCUUACUUUACUUUCAGGCUAUGUCCCCAAGAUUAUGUGCUGGCCUUGUUGCAGCUUCCUACCUUGGUGGCUUCGUAAACUCCACCAUUAUCACCAGUGAGACGUUUACCCUGAGCUUCUGUGGGGACAAUACCAUUGACGACUUCUUCUGUGACCUGCCUCCUCUCGUGAAGUUGGCAUGUGAUGUGAAGGAGAGCUACCAGGCAGUGCUGUAUUUCAUACUGGCCUCUAACGUCGUCACUCCUACUGCGCUUAUUCUGGCAUCCUACCUCUUCAUCAUUGCAGCCAUCUUGAAGAUCCGCUCUACCCAGGGCCGCCUCAAGGCCUUCUCCACUUGUGGUUCUCACCUGACAGCUGUCACCUUGUACUAUGGUUCAAUUCUCUUCAUUUACUCCCGGCCAAGCACUAGUUACACCCUGGAGAGGGACAAAGUGGUGUCAGUGUUCUACACUGUAGUGAUUCCUAUGUUAAACCCCUUGAUCUACAGUUUGAGAAACAAAGAUGUCAAAGAUGCCUUGAGGAAAAUUUUAGAUACAGCCAAGUUUUCAUGA